UAUAGAGAAAGACUAUAAAUACUUCCACUUUCGAGCUUCUUCAGAAACCCAUCUGCAGAAGGCCACAAUGCCGGAGAAUAGAAACCGCGGCGACUGCGGUGGCGGCGAGUGUUACUUCGUUUUCAUGAACUACGAUCCUGAAUAUGAACGUCUUCGUGCUGAUCGAUCUGGCAAAGGGGCACAUGAGCUUGAUCUGUAUCUGAGUAGGAAGCACGAUGAGCUUCUGGGGAGGUGGCUGGAGCCAACAAGCUACAGAAAGAUUUCAUCUUUCCUCAUUGUUGACGGGUUUUCGGCCGAAAUCACCGAACAUCAGGCAAAUGUGCUUAGAUCUGCAGAGGGAGUGAGGGUGGUGGAGAAGAAUCAAGAUCAGCCAGCUCCCAUUAAUGCCCCAGAAAGAUCAGAAGAAGGUUUCAUAAGAAGCUAAUUUUAAUGAAAAAAAAAAAGGUAACUUUGGAAUUUUCUACAUCAAAAGCAUCUCUAGAUUGUUAGUUCAUGAAAUUGAAUUUAUUGCAAACGUCUUAAGUUUUGAAUUCAAUGACAAGUUUAAAAUUAUUGAAUCCACUAGAGCUGAGAUCUGUUUAUUCGUGC